UGCCACCUCUGUCAGAUGCAGCCACAUCCUCCACGGACAGCUCUUGGCGGCCACCAUUUGCCUCUUCUUGCAGACUUUGCAUCUCCAUACCAACUUCAGGACGAGUUUUCUCAACAUCUACAACCAGAAUCUCCACCUACAGACUCUUCCGGCUCCUGCCUGCAGCUUCCACCUCCACCCCCAGACUGUAACAGUUGUUUCUGCCAGAGCCCUGCAGGUCCUGCCUCCACCUGCAGAUUCUGGCAGACAGCUGAGGAUCAAACCUCCACUUACAGCUGCUACAACAGCCUGCAGCCUCCACCUGCCACCUCUGUCAGAUGCAGCCACAUCCUCCACGAACAGCUCUUGGCGGCCACCAUUUGCCUCUUCUUGCAGACUUUGCAUCUCCAUACCAACUUCAGGACGAGUUUUCUCAACAUCUACAACCAGAAUCUCCACCUACAGACUCUUCCGGCUCCUGCCUGCAGCUUCCACCUCCACCCCCAGACUGUAACAGUUGUUUCUGCCAGAGCCCUGCAGGUCCUGCCUCCACCUGCAGAUUCUGACAGACAGCUGAGGAUCAAACCUCCACUUACAGCUGCUACGAAAGCCUGCAGCUUCCACCUGCCACCUCUGGUAACCAGCUGCAUUCUCAGCCACUGCCUUAAGCUUCUUCUAACCAGUUUUAUCUCCAGACUUUACUUGCAGAAUAUAGCAAACACUUACAGCCCUGCCUACUGUCUGCUUCUGACAGUCAGAUGCAGCCACAUCCUCCACGAACAGCUCUUGGCGGCCACCAUUUGCCUCUUCUUGCAGACUUUGCAUCUCCAUACCAACUUCAGGACGAGUUUUCUCAACUCUUCCGGCUCCUGCCUGCAGCAUUCACCAGCAACCUCCAGCCACGGUCUCCACCUCCAGAUUCCUGCAGACAGCUUCAGCCUGACCCUUCACCUACAGCCUCUUUCAGCAACUUGUACUGCCACCUCCACGUGCAGCCCUGCCUUCUGUCUGCUUCUGACAGGUCUUCGGAACCAAACCCUAUACCAACUUCAGGACGAGUUUUCUCAACAUCUACAACCAGAAUCUCCACCUACAGACUCUUCCGGCUCCUGCCUGCAGCAUUCACCAGCAACCUCCAGCCACGGUCUCCACCUCCAGAUUCCUGCAGACAGCUGCAGCCUGACCCUUCACCUACAGCCUCUUUCAGCAACUUGUACUGCCACCUCCACGUGCAGCCCUGCCUUCUGUCUGCUUCUGACAGAAGAGCACUCAGCCAUCAGCAUGAACCUACACGAUAUGGAAAACCACACUGGGAUGCUGAUCUUCAUCUACCAUAAAGAGCUCUUCUUCUUCCAACUAGGCUUAGCACUCAAGACUUCCAGAUCCACCAGGAGCGGAUCAUUAGCUGUGCAGACAAUUCCCUCUACAUCAUAGAUGCUUCCUCCUCCCGAUCCUCCAUGUUCACCACCAACUCUUGCUCCUCUCCCAAGAUGAGAGCGCCCCUUCACGUAUCCCCCUCAUCUCGUCCGUACCAGAAGCUUCUUCAUGCUCUGUCCUCACUCCAGAACUAUACCUGAAGAGUAGCACAUGCCAGCAAGCUAAACAUUUAAUUGUAACUUGCCUGUCACACCUAGAGGGACACUUUCUUUAUACUGAAGACACUGAACUGCAGAAAUCAUCUCUGCUCUCCUGAUUCUGCAUCAACAAACUUUCUGGGAGUUUCUGAAUGACAGAUGUCCUUCUAUUCCAAAAAUUUCUCCCCAAGAACAUGAAAAUCUAAAGGCUGCUUAGACAUAUGUAGUGACUUAAAUUUCCAGCCCGCUCCCUUAAAAGGACUGCCAGUUAGCUUGCUCUGUUAGUGUGACUUGUCAUUAUUCUGUAAGCCUUUGCACUGUUCCUCAAUAAAGUCAAUUUCUGCAGUCA